AAAAGGCAAAAUGGAAAUGAAGGGGAAAGGAAAAGGAGAGACGAGCACCUUGAGGUAGACCCACCACCUUAUAAACCCCUCUUCUCAAUUGCUACAUGACACAAGCACAAGGAGAUCUUGGUUUGUUUCUCUCUUGAUCCUCUUCUCAUCUCCCCUUCUUCCAUCUCUCUCCUGUUCCCGGCCUCUCUCAUCUCGCAGCAGCAGGAGAGAGAUGUCGAUGAGCAGCUUCUUGAGCAUGGUGGAGGCGGAGCUGCCACCGGGGUUCCGGUUCCACCCGAGGGACGACGAGCUCAUCUGCGAUUACCUUGCUCCCAAGGUCAGCAGCAAGGUUGGCUUCUCCGGCCGCCGGCCGCCCAUGGUCGACGUUGAUCUCAACAAGGUCGAGCCAUGGGAUCUCCCCGCGGCGGCGUCGGUGGGGCCUAGGGAGUGGUACUUCUUCAGCCUCAAGGACCGCAAGUACGCGACGGGGCAACGCACGAACCGCGCGACGGCGUCCGGUUACUGGAAGGCCACCGGCAAGGACCGGGCGGUGGCGCGGCGAGGAGCGCUGGUGGGGAUGAGGAAGACGCUGGUGUUCUACCAGGGGAGAGCACCCAAAGGAAGGAAGACGGAGUGGGUGAUGCAUGAGUACAGGGUGGAGGCUGCCCAUGACCAAUCCUCCAAUCUCUCCUCCUCCAAGGAGGAAGAUUGGGUCCUGUGCAGAGUCAUCUGCAAGAAUAAAUCAGCAGGAGGAGGUGCAACCUCCAAACCAGCAAGAAGCCUCACCAACAAUGGCCAUGACAUUGCAACAACCACCACCUCGCCACCACUGCCACCUCUCAUGGACACCACCCUAGCACAGCUCCAGGUCUCCAUGAACACCGCCAGCGGCGCCUGCGCCGGCGCCGGAGCAAUCGAGCAGGUGCCCUGCUUCUCCAGCUUCAACAAUAUUGCCAGCAACAGUGCUCAGCCAUGCUACCUGCCCAUGGCCACAGGCAGCAAUGGCAUGAGCUACCUGGACCAUGGCCUGCCUGAACUGGGCAGCUGCUUUGAUCCUCUGAACUCUGACAAGAAGCUGCUCAAGGCAGUGCUGAGCCAAUUUGGAGGUGAGGUGAUGCCAAGUCUGUCUCCUGAAAUGGCUGCUGCUGCUGCUGCGAGCUCCACUUGGAUGAAUCACUUCUAGGGAAAUUAAAUCUAUUCAGGCACCAUAAGUGAAUGGUGAUUGCAUAUGAAAUAUAUAUACUUAUUGUGUGGUACAAUAUUUAAGUGUGAGUAGUAGAGCAUGCAACAUUUUUCCAUAUGGCACGAGAAAAUUAGGAGUACAAGUCUGUGAUGAUUGUUGAAGUGUGUAUAUUCAGAAGUACAGAUUUGAGUGAUCAAGAGCAUUUCAGAUUGAGUA